AUGUUAAGGUGCCACUAUCCACGACACAAAUCAGAAAAAAAUGCAAGAAAUCAAAGAGGACUGACCGACGGAGAUGAUAUCCCACGCUUGCUCAGUCAAGUCUUGGAAAGACUUGUUUACCACAACGAGACAUAUCAUACUAAAGAAGCUUUCAGAGACACGCCCCAAAUCCGCCUCUCCCAAACCUCGCGUUGUCAAUUUGCGCACAGCAGCAAAGGCUUCAAUUGUGAAGACCUUUUCAACCUCAUCUAUCGCGUCGCCUUCGACACCUCAAGCGUCGACGGCUCCUACGCCCUCUCAUCCAGCUGCCUUUUCUCCAGCAACGACUUCUACAAUGACCGCAAAGUCGAAGACCUCGGCAUUGGGAAGAACGCAAAGGACGCCAUUGCCAUUGUCAUCGUCUCCGAAUACACCGUCGUCGCAUUAAACUCUUGA